CGUACUUGUCAGUUGUCAUUUGUCAAAUAUCCUGAGUUGAGUGGAAUUUUUGUAAAUAUUAUGAUAAAUAUUGCAUAAAAAUGUCUUAUUUUAUCGAAUUAAACUUACCAGCGUAUAAUGCCGACGCGGAAAUACUCGGCUCGUUUCCGGAGGCCGUGUGUGUGUGCUGUUUGGCGCGAAAUGUGCCGUACGUGAAUCUAGCAAGUUGCAAGCACACAGAAUAUUUGGAAUCAUUCUUUAAAUAUAAGGCAGAGUUUCCCAACACAGUGUGCUAUGUAUGCCAUGAAAUGCUCAGGAAAAUAGAUGCUUUCAAACAACAAGUUGAAGACAGCACUCUCAUUUUGAACAAGGAGGUACUAAACAUGAAGAAACACAAAUUACACAAUCUACAAUCAUCACCAGUCAAAAUCACAGUAGACAUAAUACCUGAAAUAACCAAUGACGUACUAAAGAAUGAGCUAACAUUACCUCCAGAGGCAGAUAUCAAAGAGGAAACUGAUACGUCAGACUUUGAAACUGAAAUGCCCCUAUCAAUGAUAAAGAAGCAGAAAGAGAUGAAGGACUUGGUGAAAAAGGAGCUUACAUUAAUAAUAAAGAACGAAAGAUUAGAUCCAUCUCCAUUCAUGGACGGAAAAUAUGUUGGCAAAUUGAAAAUGCACUUAUUAACUCGAGAAGAGCUGGAGAAGGAAAGAGAACUGUUAAGAACAGAAGAGAAGUAUCAGAAACUGCCGUUUAAAUGCGAAAGUUGCAUUAUAGGAUUCAACAGAGAAAUGUAUUUGAAGAAACAUUUGCGGCAAAGGCAUAAAGCAGAAAUAGGCAGUUUCACGUGCGAUAUUUGCAAAUCAGUAUUCAACACGGAAAUAUCGUUAAAGCCCCAUCAUAGAAGACAUUUCAUUAGAUACGAUUGUAAAGUUUGCGGUAAAAGGUACAUAGACGAGCGUGCGAUAGUCAGCCAUUAUAACGAGAAACACGGAAAAGAUGGCGCCACCGUGCACAACAAGUUCAAAUGUAAACUCGAGGAGUGCGGGUUCGAGACGCAUUCGUAUAGAAGUUUCAUGUACCACAGGUCGAAACAUGAAAGAUAUCCGUGCACUAUGUGCGAUAAAGUAUAUUCCAAAUGGAUACAACUACGAUCUCAUAUUUACGGCGUACACAGGAAAAAACAAACAACAUUCCCCUGCAAGAAAUGUGAUAAAGUGUACAAACAGAGCUGCGGCCUCCGCAUACACAUGCAGUCCGUCCACAACACAACAGACAGGCUGCCCUACUGCGCUCCCUGUCGAAUGCACUUUAGAACUAGUCAUAACCUCAAACAGCAUUUGAGACAGCAUAGCAAUCACAUCACCGAUGCUGAUAAGAAGUACAUGUGUGAUAAUUGCGGAGCAAGAUUCCUCACGAAGUCCAUAUUGAAGGCGCAUAUAGAGUGGGUGCAUUUGAAGAAAUCUGAUUUCAAAUGUCCACAGUGUUUAAAGAUUCUAAGGACAGCGCGACUUCUAAAAAAUCACAUAGAGUUUGUACACGAGAAGAAACAACUGCCGAGAGACAAGAUUUGCGACUAUUGUGGGAAGGGGUUUACUAUGCGUCGUUGUCUUCAAGCUCACAUACGGACGCAUACAGGCGAGCGUCCGUACCAGUGCUCGCAAUGUACGGCCACGUUCGCCCACUCCGCGUCGCUCUAUAACCACAAGAAGCUUGUUCACAAUCCACACAGAGAGCGUGGGAGUCGUGCAAAUAAAUAAUGAAGUUACAA